AUAUAUGUGUAAAUGUAACUGUGCAUCUGUAUUUGUUUAUACGCAUUUAUCGGAGGCUUUCUGGACGCCAGUCGGGUAUUCCCCAAUAGGCACUUCUACUACGCCACAAUCACAGAGUAUUAUCCGUUUUUAUCGAGGAAAUCUACGUUAUUAUCUAGGCAUAUUGACAACGGCCGAUCCGCUGUUUCUUUUCUCUUUGCUUAGUCUUUCUGCUUUCGUGUUUUUUUACAUAUAUACGUUAAUAACAACAUUCAGGAGUAUGUCAUGCAAUGCUCAAGGACGCUGUCAUUUCUGUUGUAAAAAACAUACCGUGCCCAUAUUCGGAAGCGAGGAAGUGGUACACACGCUUUUACAAAAGUUAAAUUUGAAGCUCGUGGUUUCGAACACAAUUUGUUCUCCUUGUAUUAUUACACUCGAAAAUUUUUUCAAAAUGAAUUUUCCCGAUAAACGUUCGCCUUUUGAGGAAACAAUCAUCAGGAAAGGUCAUAUUGAGAGUCCGACGGGCUCUGCCUACCCGAAUACCGAUCAUUUAGAGAUAAUGGAAAAGUCGCAAGUCAACGAAAAUUUUCAAACUAAGAGAGCCACGAAAACUCACGUUAAAGCCGAAAAAAGCGACGAUUCUAAUAAUACAGAAAAUAAAGAUGAUGUCAACAAUUCGCAAGUUCGCAAAAACACCGGAAAUAUACGAAAGAGACAGUUAACAUGCGAGUUUUGCCAAAAGAAAUUCAAUCACGCGGGAGAUCUCAACAAGCACCGAAGGAAGCACACUGGCGAGCAACCCUACGCAUGUAAUACGUGCGAACGGAAGUUCACGACGUCGUCUAAUCUUGUUAGGCAUCAACAAAUACAUCUCGGUAUAAAGCCGUUCUGCUGUCAGAUUUGCGGAAGCACUUUUACCCGAAAAAUCAAACUUUCCGCCCAUUUAAUAGCAAAGCAUCACAAAGCUUUGAAAUCUGAUUAAUCGACAGCACAAUGUACAUAAUUAAUAUAAUGUAAAUUAUAAAGAAAUAUACUUGAAAAAGCAAUAGGCUAUAACAAAACAUAAGAGUUAAUAAAAUAAGAUUAUUGUAUAGGAGAAAAAAAAACUUUAUGUUAUGACAUGUAUUAGCCUCUUAAAAUUAUAGAGUGAGUUCUACAGCUGAUUCGCUGUAAUGUAAUGUUUGAUUUGCUUGUGCAAGAUAGACUAUUUUAUAAAUCUAUAUAAAAAUGAUUUUAUUUAUUUGAUGAUAGUGUUUGAACAACAAUAUAUACCAUAUAACUAUCUUCCUUGCUAUAUCUUCUCUAAUAAACAUAAAUAAAGUUGUU